AUGGAGACCUCAAGGCCAUUAGCCCGAGAGUGGUAUGCCCGAUGGCUUCCCUUGACACCAGUGGGCCUUUGGAAGAUGUGGCUUUGUGAGUUGUGGCUACUACUAUUGGGUUCCGGUUUGCCACACGAAGAGGACGUAACGUUCAUCAAUGAGUACGUGAAUCUCCACAAUGAGCUCCGGGCCAACGUCUUGCCCCGAGGGGCUAACUUGCGCUUCAUGACUUGGGAUGUAGCUUUGUCACGGACUGCUAGAGCAUGGGGGAAAAAAUGUGUGUUUGCCCGUAAUACUCAUUUAGAAGAACUGAAAAUGGCCCAUCCUCGUUUUAAUGGUAUUGGUGAAAAUAUAUGGGUCGGCCCUGAAAAUGAAUUUACUGCAAGUAUUGCUAUCAGAAGUUGGUUUGCACAGAAGCAAGAGUACAACUUUGAAAGGAACCAUUGCUCUGAUAACUGUUCUAAUUAUCUACAGCUUGUUUGGGACAAGUCUUACAAAGUGGGUUGUGCUGUUACUCCAUGUUCAAGAAUUGGACAUAUUAGUCAUGCAGCAAUUUUCAUAUGCAACUAUGCACCAGGAGGAGCUCUAUGGAGAAGGCCUUAUACACAAGGAGUAAUGUGUUCUCAGUGUGACGACUAUGACAGAUGCACAGAUUUUCUUUGCAGUAAGAUAAAGAAAAUAACUGAAACAUGA